GUUCUCUAAUGAUCUUGCUUCACCAUGGCAACCAAUAUGGAGGUGCUGGCUCAGCAGAUAAUGGAGACACAGCAGGUGGCUGAGGAAAUGCACCGUGGUAACAUAGUAUGAUGGUUGUAUCUUGCCACUGGAGAGCUCGGUCCUUCCCAAGAGCAUGUGAAGCUCUGUGAUUUCUUCCUGUCCGGUGCAGACUGUUCAGACAUCAUUAUCUGAAUCUCCAGUGAUGACCAGCCCCUCUCAACGCAUCCAAAUUAUCUCUACAGACUCUUCUGUAGCUUCACCACAGCGCAUUCAGAUUGUGACAGAUCAGCAAACAGGACAGAAAAUUCAAAUAGUGACAGCAGUGGAUUCAUCAGUGUCUCCAAAGCAGCAAUUUAUCUUGGCCAGUCCUGAUGGAACUGGAACAGGGAAGGUGAUAUUGGCAGCACCUGAAACAUCUAAUGCCAAACAACUUAUCUUUACCACCACCGACAACAUUGUGCCAGGUAGAAUUCAGAUCGUGACAGACUCUGCUUCAGUAGAACGUUUAUUGGGUAAAACUGAUGUCCAGCGACCACAAGUAGUAGAGUAUUGUGUUGUUUGUGGAGAUAAAGCAUCAGGUCGCCACUAUGGUGCUGUCAGUUGCGAGGGAUGCAAAGGUUUUUUUAAAAGAAGUGUAAGGAAGAAUUUGACCUACAGUUGUCGUAGCAACCAAGAUUGUAUCAUCAAUAAACAUCAUCGGAACCGUUGCCAGUUUUGUAGGCUUAAGAAGUGCCUAGAGAUGGGCAUGAAAAUGGAAUCUGUUCAGAGUGAAAGAAAGCCUUUUGAUGUGCAACGGGAGAAACCAACCAACUGUGCAGCUUCAACUGAAAAAAUCUACAUCAGGAAAGACCUAAGAAGCCCUCUUAUAGCCACUCCAACAUUUGUAGCAGAUAAAGAUGGGGCCCGGUCAACAGGACUUCUUGAUCCAGGGAUGCUUGUGAAUAUUCAGCAGCCAUUGAUACGAGAUGAUGGUACAGUCCUGCUAGCUACAGACUCCAAGGCUGAGACAAGUCAGGGUGCUUUAGGAACACUGGCAAAUGUUGUAACAUCCCUUGCCAACCUCACUGAGUCACUUAAUAAUGGAGAUACUUCUGAAAUCCAGCAAGAGGAUCAAUCUGCAAGUGAGAUCACUCGGGCAUUUGAUACUUUGGCUAAAGCACUUAAUACCACUGAUGGCACAGUAGCUCAGAACUUGGCAGAUGGGAUGGAUCCUACAGGAGGAGGGAAUAUUCAUGUAAUCAGCAGAGAUCAGUCAACACCAAUCAUUGAAGUGGAAGGACCCCUACUUACAGAUACACAUGUCACAUUUAAGCUAACAAUGCCUAGUCCAAUGCCAGAGUACCUUAAUGUGCACUACAUCUGUGAGUCAGCUUCACGUCUGCUUUUCCUCUCAAUGCACUGGGCUAGAUCCAUCCCUGCUUUUCAAGCUCUUGGACAGGACUGUAACACAAGCCUAGUUCGUGCCUGCUGGAAUGAACUGUUUACCUUAGGCCUAGCACAAUGUGCACAGGUGAUGAGUCUGUCUACUAUCCUAGCAGCUAUCGUCAACCACCUGCAGAACAGCAUACAAGAAGAUAAGCUUUCCGGAGACAGGAUAAAGCAAGUCAUGGAACACAUCUGGAAACUUCAGGAGUUCUGUAACAGCAUGGCCAAGCUUGAUAUUGAUGGAUAUGAAUAUGCAUACCUUAAAGCUAUAGUCCUCUUUAGCCCUGAUCACCCUGGUCUGACAAGUUCAAGCCAAAUAGAAAAAUUCCAAGAGAAGGCACAAAUGGAGUUACAAGACUAUGUCCAAAAAACCUAUCCAGAAGAUACUUAUAGGUUAGCCCGGAUUCUAGUUCGCCUGCCAGCACUUAGACUGAUGAGCUCUAGUAUUACAGAGGAACUUUUUUUUACUGGUCUCAUCGGAAAUGUUCCGAUUGACAGCAUAAUCCCAUAUAUCCUCAAAAUGGAAACUGCAGAGUAUAAUGGUCAAAUAACUGGCACGUCUGCAUAAUGGGAACAAUUCAUCUUGAUGAAUCAAAGUAAUUUUAAUAAAACAAGUAACUACACAAUUAAGAGAGAUAAGUUUUAAAAAAUGACAUUUUGGUAUGUACAAAUAUUUCCAACAUGUUAUCAGUUUCCUACCAGACUGCUCCUUGUCUAUUUAUCUCCAAUGACAAAGUAUAAAAAGCUAUUCAAACACUUCCUACUAGGACCCUUUCUGCCAUAAGGAGUGUUUUGAUGCCUUUCAUUCAAAAGGCUAUAGAUUACUGAACAUACUUUUAAUGUGCUUUGUAUUUAGAAAUUAUUAAUGGGCAAAAAUAGAGUUUUAUAAUGUCAGAGAUUAGUAUUAAAAUUGCUAAAAGAAGAACAGUAUGUAUAUAUUUAAUUUUUCCUUGGAAUUAAGAUCUAAUAAUUACCAGGGUAUAAUGAUAUUAGCACUUUCUAAGCACUUGUCACAUCGAUAAUGUCAUCAACAUUCUACAUAUGAGCAGGACAAAUGGAAAAAUGCAUAUGUUUUUGGUCAAAAAGCUAUUGAUUUCUGUGAAGGCUACAGGGAGACAAUCAUUCGUACUACAAAAAAUUGCUAUUAGUAAUGUUAUGCAUUUAAUGGUAACAUGGAACUUUAAAGCAAAUUUCCACACUGUUAGCAUUAAACUGCUAAAUUAUUGAAAAUGUGGUUUAUUUGACAAAAGUAUAAUGACUACAGUAUAAAUAGCAACAUUAACAAAUGCUACAGAAAUUGCUCAAAUUGGAAGGUAGAAUUUCUUGCCGUAGUAAUGAUGAAAAUUUCAGCUUCCUUAAAGUUUAAAUUCCAACCUGGAAUAGAACACAGUCAUGAUAGAUAUUAUUCCAUCAGUAUGCCUUUUGAUUGUGGGAAAAAUCAGUCAUUAACUGGCAGGGAAGCAAUCCUUUCAACUAGAGUCUUGCAGUCUAUGCUCUCUAUACUUUUUAUAUUUCCAAAUUCAUUCCUUCUCUCUUCAGCCCUAAAUGACCCUCACCAUCAUAGGAGCCAAAGGGGAUGGUUAUGACUAUGGUAAAGCCCAUAAUGCUGUUGUAAGCUAAAGGGAUAAGUGCACAAUAUGAGGUUUUCUUCCAUCCCCAGAGACUAAGAAGCCUGUCUUCUGCAGUGUUCCCUAUCCUGAUUCCAUUCUAAAUUGGCGUGUCAGCCAGGUUUUUUAUAUUCAUUCAUAUGCAGUUACAGUUAAUGACCGAUUGUUUGGAGUUAAAAUAUUAAACUAUCUUUGUUUUUAUCUUGGGUAGUAACCUACAAGUUGUUUUCUAGGAUUGGCCUGUUCCUGCUAAUAUUUCAUUAAUUUUAAUGUAAAAUAUUUAUUUUAAUAUUAACACAGAAUAUUUUAAACAAUCAAAAUUCAUAAAAAGCAUUUUGUCAGAAGAGUUAUAUCUUCAUUGAGCUGAUUCUUGCUUAUUACAUACAUUCAUUAAUUACUUUAAUGAAUUUCUUGGCAGUGUCAUUUUCUACUUGCAUACUUGUGUGUGACAAAAAUAUAAAUAAUGAGUUCAGCAUUUUUUUGUUUCUGGUAUUGACAUCGAUUUAGAAACAUUCCAGAAGGGUUGGUUGCUCUCUCUCAAGGGUCUGAGCUAUAGCCAAAGGAUUUUAAGCAACUCCAGGUUAGCCUAUUAAUGUAUUAUCAAGUCCUGUCUUGGUACAAUUCACAUCUGAUGUAAGUAUCUCAUUUGUAACACUCAUUCUGACAAGUACAACUAUGUGAUUUUAGAUCAUAUGUACAUUAAAUUCAGUUGCAUUCACCAUCUUUAUAACAUUCAGAAACCUUGGUUCUCAAAAAGGGUGGUAUAGACAGAAUGCAGAGCAAAGGCAGACAUCUGAAGUAUUGCACCAUCUUCUUCCUAGGCUUUUAUUAUAGUAAAUGAAGUGACAAAAGGCCCUACGUUUUGAACUUCCUUAGGCCAACUGGAAUGCAGACCUAAGCCUUAGCCAUUAUAUUAUAGUAUCACUACUUGCAGGGUUGUGUCAGCGCUUCCAACAUAAAACCCCUGUUUAAAGGGUUUAUUUGUUGGUCUUAGAAAUUAGUUGCAGUCUGAAUUUUAACAUAUAAGGUACUUGCCUUGGAAACAGAAUUUCAAAGAAAAGUUAUAGCCCUUUUCUGUGCAAAUGUGAAUGUUACAGGUUUACUGUUUUGCUUGUUCAUUUAAAAAUUUAGAGUACACAUUAAACUGUUUUUGUAGGGGGUUAAUUGCAGAUUAGCAACUGAUGUAACUUAAUCACUUGUAAUAUUUAGUAAAAAUUAUUCCAGCAGUCAAAUAAGCAUUGCUGGAGAAGUGUGAAAUAUUCAUAACCAAAAAAUAUACAAAACCAAUUUUAUUGUAAGUUUGAGAUCAUUUUCAUAAACAUGUUGAACAUGUACAUUUCUCAAGUAAAGGGUCUCCUUUGCUAGUAAAGAUGAGCACAGAUUUGAGUAAAAAUGGCUUCUGUGUUGAAAACAUGCAAAAAUUUGAUUGUUUUUUUUCAUUGUGAAAAUAGUCAUUUUGAAAAAGAAAACCCACAUAAAGUUAAGCUGUCGAGCAAAAUUUAUGCAUUAAAUUUUAUAAAUAAAAAAUGGUGAAUUUCACACAGCUCAGUUAACAUGUAUAGAAUGCAUUCUGUAAACAUAGGGCUAUACCAUUUGUACAUUAUUCUGCAGGUAGUCUCAUGGACUUACGUAAGACUUGCGUAGAAUAAAAUGAUACUUAGCGUGAGUGUGGGUAUUGCCAUCGGGCCCAUACUUACGGUUUACUUUUUAAAAGUGUAAAUGCAUUUAAGGAUAGUGUGAAGCAGUUCCAUAAUUAAACUUUUUAUUUUAAAACCUUAAAUUACCACCUUUAAACUAUGAAGACUCUGUUCAUGUAGCAUCAUUGUCAUGGUUUGUGAGACCCAAACUAAUCUGUCCCCCAUGUAAUUAAAAAAUGUUUUCUCUGAACAUACGUUAUUUUGAUUCUAAGACAAGCAGUUUAGAUGGUAGAAGUUUGGACAGCAGAUAGUGGAUCUCACAGCUUAGGAGAUAUUCAGGUUCCCAGCUAUUUGAAUACAAGUUACAGAUAACAGGAUAGGUGUGAAUAAUAAGCUUCAGGCUUCUUUUUUCACAUGCUGUUCAAGAGCUAUAAUUAACACUGAGCCAAGGAAUUGGUAUGCUUUACAGUAGGUCUACUCAACUCUGGAAGCUCCGGGGGCCACAAUGAUACUCACAGCACAUGCUGAGGGCUGCAACUUAAGUGUGAUUGCAUAUACAUGCAAAUAUAUAUGUAAAUAUACGCAAAUAGCUUAUUUCACACUGACGGGCAUGAAUACAAAGAUUACGGCAAGACUACACAACAUGCAGAUCCCAUUUAAGUCAGUUCUGCUAAUAUUAGUACAAUUCAAUAUUUACUCUAUUUCUACCAAUAUGACAGCACUUUUAAUGAGCAAUGACAGUCCAGGAAUUUAACUUCUAAAACGCAUAUCAAUAGAAGAUCAUUAUAUUGACUUUUUUGUUUUGACUCCCACCUGUGGGCCACGUGUUGAGCCCCAUGUAAACCCAAACUGCACAGCGAGCCGUAAAGAAACGUCCCACAGGCUGCAUGUGGCCCCCUGGCCAUGUGUUGAGUAGCCCUGCUUUACAGAGAGCAAUGCUGUAAAACAGUCAUUUACAAUAUUAUUGGCCUAUUAAAAAGUAUGAGCCAAACUCCAGUGUGGUGUGGCUUUUUUACACCAAACCACUGAGAUAAUCUAGCUGUGAAGCCAUCUCUCCUGGCUCCAGAAGGACUAUCCUAAUAUAAGGCUAAUCUACCAGAAGCAUAGAACUGAUUUAUGCUAUUCCAGCCACCUAUUACUGGGAUAGCAGGGGGGAAAGGCAUGGCUUGGGACAGUGGGGCAUAACCAAGUUGUUCCUGUAUUAUUCUAAUCAUUGGCCAUAUUUUCAGCUCCUUGUUCCCAUUGCAACUCUUGUGCUCCUUUAAUAUAGCUCAGGAAAUUAGCUUCAUACAGCAGCUUCCAAGAUCAUAAGAGUGUAAAGGUAAACUUUGUCAACUUUGCACACCAUUGAAUAAAACUCUUCACAGAUUGGCUGCCACAUAGGACCUGAUCCUCUAUGUUCAGACAGUAAAUUCCUUGCCUAUGUUAUUAGUAAUGCACUUGAUUGUUAAAAUUGAAAGCAUAUUACAAAUGUUAUUUUUCUGCCAUUUAUUGGCUUGUUUAUGUGCAUUUUUGUAUUGUAAAUAUAGAUUGGGAAUAUUUUUGUUUUUCUUUUGAAAUAAUGACAAUUAUUGGAAACAUUUGUGUUAAUGUUAAAUUUGGUAAAAAUUUAGUAUUGCAAAGCUAAUUGUGUGGCCAAAUUUGACCUUGCAAAAUUAGGAGCCAAAGUAACAAAGCCUGAUAGUGAUUCUAGAAAACCUUGCAUCCAACUAAAGUUCCUGCUACUCUCUCUGAUUAUCUUCAAAACCUGCUAAAGUCUCAUUGUGCUGCUUUCAAACGUAAAUUGUUUUUAAGUGUCAUGGUGGAUCUAGUUUGACCAUCCAUAUAUAGCAGUAAGACAGUUCAUACAAAAACUCUCUGUUGGCUGAUAUUGUUCUGAAUGCAGUGAGUGAUAAUAGUCCAAUAACUCCCAAAGCUGUUGACUAUCAGGAUAUGCUGUCUGUUUUCCCAUUCUUUCAAGAAAAAAUAUGAGUUUGGAGUUUGUAUGUGAGUAUAAAGGAAUGGUUAUUGGCAAUUACAAAAGGUUAAUUUGAGUAAGCAAUAUUUGGAUAUUUUUAAAAGAUUUUUAAUUGUUUUUAUUGUAUAUGAACCUAAAACAAACCGAUAUAUUUAAAAUAUCUAAAUAAGAGCAAUUCUCCUUAGUUACACUGACUGGUCAAACUACAAUCAGAACUAACAUUAGAUUAUUUUCCUUUCCCUUCAACUAUUCGUAGAUUAGAACUCACCCUUGGAAGCCAGUGGCGUUACUCUGAUAUAAAACUGGUGGAUGGGACAGAAGAAACUGAGCCCAGAUCUUUAGCUACGAUACACAAAUCCAGAUUUUGAUUAAUCUUUAAAUGGUUAGAAUGUAGACAAUGGUUAAUUUAUAUGCAGCAGAAAACUGAUUGCUAGCCAAUGGAAGUUUUGGCUGGCUGCGUAGUCACAGAUGGCAAGACUCGUCAUUGACCUCCAGCCCCCUUGCACCAUCGUUCCUGACACAGAUGGGGUAUAAGGCAGGCAUAAAGUUUACCAAUGAAUAGCAUUAGCUCAAGAAGGCUUCUAUGUCAGCAGCAGAGAUGGGUUUCCUCUCCCCUCACCCCUAGAAGCCUUUCGCUCAGGGUGUGUUCUGGAGUAUAUUGGGGUACGAGGAGGCAUAGCCAGAGCACUCCUUGUUCAAAGAGCUGACUGACAAUGCCACUGUGAAUGGGUUUCAGCAAGGAAGAGGGGAGCCUGCCAAGCUAGGCUUCAUCUACAUUGCAAGCUUCUUGCGCAAGAACCUUUUGCAGAAGAGAUCUUCCGCAAAAACUUCUUGCACAAGAGCGCGUCCACACUGCCAUGUGCUUUUGCGCAAGACAGCGUCCACGCUGUCAUGAGCUCUUGCACAAGAAAGCUCAGAUGGGCAUUC